AUGGACCAAGAUUACAAUCAUACAUUAUCGUCACCACCAGAGAAGAUGAGCCCCUCGAAAAGGCCAGAGCCAGCCCAUCACUGGCCCCUCAGACACAAAGUUCUCGCCACAAAAGACCGGGAAGCCCGCUCCGGCUUCAAGGCUCGCGAACUCGGCGUAACAUGGCAGGGACUCAACGUGGACGUCAUCAGCGCCGAAGCCGCAGUCAACGAAAACGCGCUCUCACAGUUCAAUAUCCCAAAAAAGGUCACUGAGUCUAGGCACAGGAAACCGCUUCGGCGGAUUCUGAGUGAUAGUCAUGGCUGCGUGAAACCUGGAGAGAUGUUACUUGUUCUUGGUCGACCCGGGUCAGGCUGCACGACGCUUUUGAAUAUGAUUGCCAAUCGACGAGGCGGGUAUUCUUCUGUGUCAGGCGAUGUGUGGUAUGGCUCUAUGACGCCGCAAGAGGCAGAGGCAUAUCGGGGACAGAUUGUGAUGAAUUCCGAGGAAGAGAUCUUCUUCCCCACCCUGACAGUUGGUCAGACCCUCGAUUUUGCAACUAGAGUCAAAAUUGCGCAUCAUGUCCCCCAAGAUGUGGAGUCACAGGAGGCUUUACGUCUCGAAACGAAAGAGUUUUUGCUAGAGUCGAUGGGCAUCUCGCAUACGCAUGGUACCAUGGUGGGCAAUGAGUAUGUGCGUGGUGUCUCUGGCGGCGAAAGAAAACGUGUUUCAAUUAUUGAGACGUUAGCCACAAGAGGGUCGGUGUAUUGUUGGGAUAAUAGUACCCGUGGCCUCGAUGCUAGUACCGCGUUGAGUUAUACAAAGGCUAUUCGAGCAAUGACGGAUGUGCUGGGAUUGGCGACUAUUGUCACUUUGUAUCAGGCCGGAAACGGUAUUUAUGAUUUAUUCGACAAUGUGCUUGUUCUCGAUGAAGGCAAGGAGGUCUUCUAUGGACCCUUGAAGGAGGCUCGUCCGUACAUGGAGAAUCUUGGGUUUGUCUGUCGAGACGGCGCCAAUGUUGCUGAUUAUUUGACUGGUGUCACUGUGCCGACUGAACGAUUAAUCCGUGACGGUUAUGAGCAUACCUUUCCUCGAAAUGCGGACAUGUUGCUUGAGGAAUACAAGAAAUCUAACAUUUAUCCCAAAAUGAUUGCCGAGUACGAUUUUCCUUCGACUCAAAGAGCGCUGGAAAAUACUCAAACGUUCAAGGAAGCAGUGUCCCACGACAAACAUCCUCAACUACCCAAGUCAAGUCCAUUGACAUCCAGUUUUGCAACUCAGGUCAAGGCCGCAGUUAUUCGACAGUACCAAAUCCUAUGGGGUGACAAAGCCUCUUUUCUGAUCAAGCAAGUCUCUUCCCUCGUUCAGGCUCUGAUUGCUGGUUCUUUGUUUUACAACGCUCCGAACAAUAGUGCAGGACUAUUCGUCAAGUCUGGUGCCCUAUUUUUCUCGUUGCUAUACAACUCUCUCGUCGCCAUGAGUGAAGUCACGGAUUCAUUCACUGGACGUCCUGUCUUGAUCAAACACAAGACCUUCGCCAUGUAUCAUCCCGCCGCGUUUUGCAUCGCGCAGAUUGCAGCUGAUAUUCCCAUAAUCUUGUUCCAAGUCAGUAUCUUUGGCAUUGUGUUGUAUUUCAUGGUUGGCUUAACCGCAUCUGCGGGUGCAUUCUUCACCUAUUGGAUCGUUGUUAUUUCUGCCUCUAUGUGUAUGACUGCGCUCUUCCGCGCAAUCGGCGCUGCAUCAGCCAACUUUGAUGAUGCAUCCAAGAUUUCAGGUCUGGUUGUCACGGCCACGCUCAUGUAUAAUGGUUACAUGAUUAUGAAACCCCAUAUGCACCCCUGGUUCGUAUGGUUGUACUGGAUUGAUCCACUCGCGUAUGGAUUCGAGGCUCUGCUCGGAAACGAGUACAAGGGCAAAAUCAUUCCUUGCGUUGGCAACAAUAUCAUCCCCACUGGACCGGGAUAUACGGAUUCUGCAUACCAGUCUUGUGCCGGUGUCGGCGGUGCUGUCCAGGGACAGACUUUCGUCACGGGAGAAGCAUACCUCAAGUCUCUCUCGUACAGCUCGUCGCAUGUAUGGCGCAAUUUUGGUAUCUUAUGGGCAUGGUGGGCUCUCUUUGUGGCCAUCACCAUCUACUCAACUUCUCGCUGGCGAAUGUCCUCCGAAAACGGACCCUCGCUACUCAUCCCACGCGAAAAUCUGAAAAUAGUUCAACAGAAAAACACGCUCGAUGAAGAAGCUGCUCUUCCCCCAUCUGCAGACAGCGGCGUGAGCAGCUCAGCGAAUACCCUCGCCGAGAAAACAGCCGACAAAUCCAGCCAACCGGACAUUGACAACAACCUCAUCCGAAAUACGUCCGUCUUCACAUGGAAGAAUCUGUGUUACACUGUCAAGACACCCUCCGGUGAUCGUUUACUGCUUGAUAAUGUCCAAGGAUGGGUCAAACCAGGCAUGCUGGGAGCGUUGAUGGGUUCUUCGGGUGCCGGUAAGACGACGUUGCUUGAUGUUCUUGCCCAGCGCAAGACCGAAGGAACAAUUCAUGGAUCCGUGAUGGUCGAUGGCCGUCCAUUGCCACUCUCUUUCCAGCGUUCGGCCGGUUAUUGUGAGCAGCUUGAUGUGCAUGAACCCUACGCCACCGUUCGCGAGGCCCUUGAGUUCUCCGCUCUGUUGCGUCAGCCCAGUGAUGUCCCCCGCGAAGAGAAAUUGAAAUACGUCAACUUCAUCAUUGACUUGCUCGAACUGCAUGAUAUCGCCGAUACUCUGAUUGGCAAAGUCGGCUGCGGUCUAUCCGUCGAACAGCGCAAACGAGUCACCAUCGGCGUCGAACUGGUCUCCAAGCCCAGUAUCCUCAUCUUCCUCGACGAGCCCACGUCUGGUCUUGACGGUCAAUCAGCCUACAAUACCGUCCGUUUCCUUCGCAAACUAGCUAAUGUCGGCCAAGCCGUUCUCGUCACGAUCCAUCAACCCUCUGCCCAACUCUUUGCUCAAUUCGAUACUCUUCUGUUGCUUGCCAAAGGCGGCAAGACCGUGUACUUCGGUGAUAUUGGUGACAACGGCGCCACGGUCAAGGAAUACUUUGGUCGAUACGGUGCUCCCUGUCCAUCUGAGGCAAAUCCAGCCGAACACAUGAUCGAUGUUGUUUCUGGCGAUCUGUCCCAGGGCCGAGACUGGAAUAAAGUCUGGCUCGAGUCUCCCGAGUUUGAGGCUACAAGCCGUGAACUAGACGCUAUCAUCGCCGAAGCAGCUUCCAAACCACCCGGCACACUAGACGACGGCAGGGAAUUCGCGACUCCGCUAUGGGAACAAACCAAGAUCGUGACGCAGCGGAUGAACGUCGCCUUGUACCGUAACACCGACUAUCUCAACAACAAGUUCAUGCUACACAUCUUUUCCGCGCUGUUCAACGGGUUCAGUUUCUGGAUGAUCGGCAACACCGUCAACGACCUACAAAUGCGCCUCUUUACCGUGUUUCAGUUCAUCUUCGUCGCCCCCGGCGUCAUUGCACAAUUGCAGCCACUCUUCAUCGAACGGCGCGACAUCUACGAAGCACGCGAAAAGAAAUCGAAAAUGUACUCCUGGGUCGCCUUCGUGACAGGACUAAUCGUCUCUGAGCUUCCGUAUCUGUGUAUUUGUGCCGUGCUGUACUUUGUGUGCUGGUACUACACCGUCGGGUUUCCGUCGGACAGCAACAAGGCCGGCGCCACGUUCUUCGUCAUGCUCAUGUAUGAGUUCGUGUAUACCGGUAUUGGACAAUUCAUUGCUGCAUAUGCACCAAAUGCAGUGUUUGCGUCUCUCGCGAAUCCAUUGUUGAUUGGUGUCCUGGUCUCGUUCUGUGGUGUGCUAGUGCCUUACAUGCAGAUUCAAGAGUUUUGGCGAUACUGGAUUUAUUACCUCAACCCGUUUAACUACUUGAUGGGCAGUAUGCUCACAUUCACGGUAUGGGAUAGUCCCGUCCGCUGCGCCGAGCGUGAGUUCGCCGUUUUCAACACACCCAACGCGACGACUUGCGCGGACUAUCUGGCUGAGUAUUUGAGUGGGUUCGGCGCUGCUGCAUACCUGGAAAAUCCGGACGCCACGUCGGGCUGUCGAGUGUGUCAGUACCAGCAGGGUAGCGAUUAUCUCAAGGCGUUGAAUCUCAAGGAGUAUUAUUAUGGGUGGAGGGAUGCGGGGAUUGUGGUGAUUUUUGUGAUUUCGUCGUAUGCGAUGGUGUAUGCGUUGAUGAAGUUGAGGACGAAGGCGAGUAAGAAGGCCGAAUAG